GCCCGGAGCACCACGUCUCUGCUCUCCCGAGUUUCUUUUAAAACCCGAACGGCCACAUCUUCCUCUUCCACAUCCAAACCUCUUCCCCCUCCUUCUACAUCCAUCAACCUCUCAGUGUUCUUCUCGAUACUCCCAACAGAUUUCCCUCCCCCCCCCUCUUCCCGCUUGCUAUCUUCAAAACCCAUCGGAGCCCCGCGUCGGUAGAUUUUAACCGCACCGAAAUCUUCGACUCCGUUUCCCAAACUUUCUCUUCCACAUCUUUUUUUCCGCAACCCUCUCACAACCAUACCCAUUCAAGAUGUCUGCUACCAACGGUGUCAACGGCAACGGCAUUGCCAGCCGCACGCACUACAACGAGGGCAACUUCCUCUUCACCUCCGAGUCUGUCGGUGAGGGUCACCCCGACAAGAUCGCCGAUCAGGUCUCCGAUGCCAUUCUCGACGCCUGCCUUCGGGAGGAUCCCCUCUCCAAGGUCGCUUGCGAGACUGCCACCAAGACCGGUAUGAUCAUGGUCUUUGGUGAGAUCACCACCAAGGCCAAGCUCGACUACCAGAAGGUCGUCCGUAACGCUGUCAAGGACAUCGGCUACGAUGACUCCGCCAAGGGCUUCGACUACAAGACCCUCAACCUGCUCGUUGCCAUUGAGGAGCAGUCGCCCGAUAUCGCCCAGGGUCUCCACUAUGAGAAGGCCCUCGAGCAGCUCGGUGCCGGUGACCAGGGUAUCAUGUUCGGAUACGCCACCGACGAGACCCCUGAGCUCUUCCCCCUUACCCUCCUCUUCGCCCACAAGCUCAACGCUGCCAUGUCCGCUGCCCGCCGUGACGGCACCCUCCCCUGGCUCCGCCCCGACACCAAGACUCAGGUUACCAUUGAGUACAAGCACGACAACGGUGCUGUCGUUCCCCUGCGCGUCGACACCAUUGUCGUCUCUGCCCAGCACGCCGAGGACAUCACCACUGAGCAGCUCCGCAAGGAGAUCAAGGAGAAGAUCAUCAAGAAGGUCAUCCCCGAGAAGUACCUGGACGACAAGACCAUCUACCACAUUCAACCCUCUGGUCUCUUCAUCAUCGGUGGUCCCCAGGGUGACGCCGGCUUGACUGGCCGCAAGAUCAUCGUCGACACCUACGGUGGCUGGGGUGCCCACGGUGGUGGUGCCUUCUCCGGCAAGGAUUUCUCCAAGGUCGACCGUUCCGCAGCCUACGUCGGCCGCUGGAUCGCCAAGUCUCUCGUCAACGCCGGCCUCGCCCGCCGUGCCCUUGUCCAGCUCUCGUACGCCAUCGGUGUCGCCGAGCCCCUGUCCAUCUACGUUGACACUUACGGCACCUCCGACAAGACCUCUGACCAGCUUGUCGAGAUCAUCCGCAACAACUUCGAUCUCCGCCCCGGUGUCAUUGUCCGUGAGCUUAACCUGGACCGCCCCAUCUACCUCCAGACUGCCAAGAACGGCCACUUUGGUACCAACCAGAGUUUCACUUGGGAGCAGCCCAAGACUCUCAAGUUCUAAGCGAACUUGGACUGGACCGAAAGCAGGAUUUCUUCAACAAGCUUCCUGCAUUGCAACGACCUAGACGUUUAUAAUAAUUUUGAUAUUCAUGCGGACAGGCACUCAACAUUGGCGUACGGUUCUCAACGAAUCCCGGUUUCAAGCCUUUUCGGGGUAAAGGCAACACAAGACCCAGGGCGUGGUCUUUUGGUAGGGUCGUUUUUUGUUCAUGUCAAACGGUGUUAAAAACAAUCGGAACAAGGGAGCGGUGGCGUCUUUCAACAAAGACACAGCGGGAUUAGGAUCAUAUCCUGCAACUUUGAUUUUUUUUUUCCUUUUGAGUCACAAGAGCAAUGCAUUACGAGAAGAUACCCUUCGGAUUGUUCGAAAGGGGACAACAAAGCAUCUACAUCGGCGUUAACGGGGAAACAAAAGAACUUCAACAUCUUUUCUUUCCUGGUUUUCUGGCUGAUCAUCUCUUGCGCGGUUAGGAUGGGAGGGGGAGAUGUAGCAGGACGGGCUCAACAGCUGGGGCUCCGAGAGUCGUAGAUAGGUAGACCAUCUGGCUACUGACAAGAGACGAGAUUCUCGAGAA